AUGGACAGCGAACAGUUCAGAGCCGCUGCGCAAGCAACGGUAGAUGACAUUAUCAACUAUUUUGACAGUGUCCCCGACCGGCGCGUCUGCCCCACCGUCGACCCAGGCUACCUCCGUCCCCUAAUUCCCGAGCAACCCCCCGCAGAACCGGAAGAAUGGUCGCAAAUCCAAGCCGACGUCGACACCAAGAUCAAACCGGGUCUGACGCACUGGCAACACCCUAACUUCAUGGCCUUUUACCCCGCGACGGUGACCUACCCCAGUAUCCUGGGUGAGAUGUACUCGGCCGCGUUCAACGCCCCCGCAUUCAACUGGCUGUGCUCCCCGGCCUGCACCGAGCUGGAAACAAUCGUCCUGGACUGGGUGGCACAAGCAUUGAACCUUCCCAAGUGCUUUAUGAGCUCUUCGGAGAACCAUGGUGGCGGUGUGCUCCAGGUUAGUGCCAGUGAUACUAUCGCCACCGUGAUGGUGGCUGCUCGGGAACGGCGGGUCCGCGACCUGGCAUUAGCCGAAGGCUUGAAGGAGGGAACGCUUGAUAGCACUGCAAAGGGUGCAUUGAUUGCAGGCACGCGGUAUCGGAGUGCCACUCCCAAGCUGGAGAAUAACAUGGAGCUUACCGGAGAGGAUGUGCGGGCUGUUCUUGAGCAAUGCGACAAGGACAACCUGACACCAUACUAUAUCACCCUGAGUAUGGGAACGACGAGCACGUGUGCUGUGGAUCGCAUCUCUGAGAUCACAGCCGUGCUCCGGGAGAAGCCUUCUUGGCAGCGGAUCUGGGUGCACAUCGAUGCGGCAUAUGCUGGUUCGGCCCUGGUCACGGACGAGUUCCAGUAUCUCGCCAAGGAGCUUGCCGAAGGUGUCGACAGUUUCAAUUUCAACAUGCAUAAGUGGUUGCUGGUCAACUUUGAUGCAAGCUGUCUCUUUAUUCGCAACCGAUUCGAUCUCACCGAUGCCUUGGACAUCACCCCCGCGUACCUGCGCAACCCCUACUCCGAAUCUGGCCAGGUGAUUGACUACCGCAACUGGAGCAUUUCUCUCGGCCGCCGAUUCCGCGCGUUGAAGAUCUGGUUCGUCAUGCGUAGCUACGGCCUCAAUGGACUCAAAGCACACGUCCGAAAAACCAUCCGAGUAGGGGAGGAGUUUACAAGCCUGGUGCGCAGCCGGUCCGAUAUUUUUGAAAUUAUCACCACUCCCGCAUUCGGCUUGACUGUUUUCCGCAUCAAGGACACCAGAACACAAGCCAACGGGUCCGCAGUCAACGGAACUACGGUUGCAAAGCCGAAUGAAAAGCAUGACGCCCUCACGAAGGAAGUAUACGAGCUUAUCAACGCGCGCGGCGAGAUCUUCAUCACCUCUACUGUUGUCUCGGGUAUUUAUGCGAUUCGCGUGAUCUGCGCCAACGAAGCAGCGGAAGAGAAGUACCUCCGGCGGGCAUUUGAGAUUCUCGUUGAGACUACGGAUGAGGUGCUGGGUCGGUCGAAUUGA